AUGGCCCUUUUUAAAGAAUUUCUUUGUUUCGUUCAUGAACCCCUUAUUGAAUUGGUUGAAAGCCAACUUUACGCUGAGUUUAUUUUUGCUCUCCUUUUUUUCUUCUUUCUUUUUGCUCUCCUUUUUUCUUUUUGCUCUCCUUUUUUCUUUUUGCUCUCCUUUUUUCUUUUUGCUCUCCUUUUUUCUUUUUGCUCUCCUUUUUUCUUCUUUCUUUUUGCUCUCCUUUUUGCUCUCCUUUUUGCUCUCCUUUUUUCUUUUUGCUCUCCUUUUUUCUUCUUGCUCUCCUUUUUCUUCUUUCUUUCUGCUCUCCUUUUUUCUUCUUUCUUUUUUGCUCUCCUUUUUUCUUCUUGCUCUCCUUUUUUCUUCUUUCUUUUUGUUCUCCUUUUGCUCUUUAACUCUCUUUUUGCUCUUAUUUUUCUCGUUUUUUUUGCGCUUUUUCUUUUUCUCUUCUUUCUUUUUCCCUUCAUUUUUUUCCCCACUUCUUUUUUCUUUCCCUUUCUCUUUUUGCUCUUCUAUCUUUCUCCUCUCUUACCUCCCCUUCCGUCUCUUUUCCAUGUUCCUGUUAUUUAUUUUUAA